AUGGAUGCAUCAUACGGCAUUUUCCUCGGUGGCUUUCAUAUUGAUGCCCAGACCUUCGAGGCCAUGUUCUGCAUGGUCGUGGUUAUGGUGAUGCUGCGGCUGGAGCUGUUCAGGCGGGCAGUAAAUGGACGUCCAGGUGAAACAGCUCCGUCGCCAGACAAGUACAAGAAACUGCUGCGAGAGUGCGCGCCAGAGGCGAUCGGCACGCUCGCGUGCAUUCUGCUGGUGGUAGCCUUGAGAUCUCGGGGCGACACCAUUGGCGAGUCCAUGGACGAGCGGUCACGUGAGGCCUGGGAAGCCAUCAAGGCCCAGUGGCCAGUGCUGAUGACGGCAGACACCCUGCUUGCCCUUCAGGUGAUGCUGCGACUAAUUGUAGUUCUUUCUGCGGUGUUGCGAUCAGGCAGCGGGCAGGUUUCGCCAUUAUUUGAUGAGUGUGCGAUGCUGUGGUUUGGAGGUGCUGCUGCAAGAUCAGUGGUCCUGAUGCACAGCAAGGCUUAUUGGCUUGAAGGACCUGUUGGCGGCGUCAUUCCCACACUCCUCGAGGUCCUGCUGGCGCCCUUGCUCUUCAUCCUGGGCAAGCGCGCACUCCGUCGAUCCACAGUGACAAUGCUUACUGUUGUAGCCUUGGUUGCUGUCUUUGCGCAGCGCAACAACAUUCAGCUGGCCGACGAGCCAGAAGCGAACGUGCUGUUCACCGCGGCUCAUUGCUUCGAGCUCUUAUCAGCGGUGCUAUAUCUUGCGCGGACGUUGCUGUCUGACAGCGAUAGUCAGGAUUUGGAGUUUUCCUUGACGUUCACGCAUCUUGUCAUGGUCGUGCAGCAAAGUUUGGCCGUAUAUUUCUGGUUGCAGGCUUUCGAGCCGGACACUGUGAGCGGAAUUGGGUUUGGAAUAACUGCUAUACAGUUCAGCUGCCUUGGACAGCUCUGCGCGUACCUGGCAGCAGCCUCUUUGCACAUCGCCACUUGGUUUGUGGAUGAUGCGCAUCAACCGCUUCAUGCAAGUCUGUAG